AUGACUUCUCAUCAAGAAAAGAGUUACAAAGCUGGUGAAACCAGAGGCAAGACUCAGGAGAAGACAGGGGAAGCUAUGGGAAUGAUGAGGGAGAAACAGGCAGCAAAGGACAAAACUCAAGGAGCAGGCCGGUCAACCCAAGAAAAGGCCCAUGAAACAGCUCAAUCAGCUAAAGACGAGACAUCUCAAGGCGCACAAACAACUCAACAGAAAGCUCAAAAAUCCAAGGACAAAACGGGAAGCUACAUGUCGGAGACUGGAGAAGCAAUCAAGAACAAGGCACAAGAAGCAGCAGAGUAUACCAAAGAAACUGCAGAAGCUGGUAAGGAUAAGACCGGUGGGUUUAUGGGCCAUGGUGAGCAAGUGAAGCAAAUGGAAAUGGGAGCUACUGAUGCAGUUAAGGACACUUUAGGGCUUGCUACUGAUGAAGGAAACAAAUAACAUGUUUCUUCACGUCCAGCUACUAUUACUACGACCACUACUCAUGCGACACAGAGGCACUGAUAUGAAUAUUUGUUAUUAUGUUCUUGAUUUUUAUGUUUGUUUAUUUUUGAAUAAGUUUGUGUGUGUGAUUCGGUUGACUCAUUGUUGUUUAUUCGGCUUCAAUAUACUUCUACCUAUGAUCUGUGGUGUUUAAUCACAAGGAGACUAGGCCUGCAGCCGAAACGUACCUGGGAAGAAACGAUGGCCUAGUUAUUGUCUCUCCUUGCCUCAACUACUCUUACUAGGCUAACUCUCCUCGCCUGGCAAGCUAUAAUCUACUGGAUUUGGAUUGAGAGAAACGCUAGACUUCACUCCAACAUCUUCAAACCGGUUGACUCCAUCUUCUCUACCUUGGAUCGUCAGCUAAGGACAAGACACAAAGCUUUCGACAUGAAAAUCCAAAAACCUCCUCCCAGAUGCUUCAGACUUGGCUACGCUUCACUUGAUUUUUUCAGGAACUGAAUGACGACAAACUAAACUAUGGGUUAGUAAAUUAUGGGGUUUGUAAUGGGCAAGGCCCAAUAACUAUAACCUUCGGCUUGAAACUCUUUUUGUUUCUUUUGCCUUUAUAUAUGAAAGCCUUUUUUUUAAAAAAAAAAUACUUCUACGUAAUAUUUUUUUUUUGAUAAAAUGUGAAAUUUAUUGAUCAGGUAGAAAGAAUACGAAUUUACAAAUGCUAUGGAUACCUAAGGACAUUUACAAGGCUGUAUAAUGAAUGAACUCAUAUGAUUUAAAGUGUAACUUCGAACCAAUGUCUUCUCAAACCCUCCAACUUGUGACCCACCUUGUAAUGGAGAGAGGUGAUUCUAUUCCUUAUCCCCUUAUCAAUGAUUCUCACUACUUGUUCUGCUGUUCGGAUGCCAGUAUUGUGUCUACGAGUAUUCCUCUCCUUUCAUACAUUGUAGACACACGCUUGGAACAGCAUUUUUAUCAGGAUCUUAUCCAUGAUUUGCAAGUUGUUUCUGCACACAAACUGCAGCGUUGCCAACCAGUCAGGAUCAGUCCUAUUCCCAGUCAGUCGGUUUGCUAAAGUAUCCCAAACUGUGAAGGAGAAAGGACAUGCGAAGAACAGAUGAUCUAUCGUCUCAUCUCUUUCACCACAUAGAGGACAACCUUGCUGUAUUCCCCAAGCUCUCAUUCUGUCUCCCGUUGAUAGUCUAUUGCGCACUGCCAACCAGACAAUAAAGGAGAACCGUGGCACUCCUUGGCUAAACCAAACUCCUUUACUCCAAAACACAGCACUCUUCUUCUCUCUGAUUUGAUUCCAAGUUCGGGCAGUAGAGAAACUGGGUUUGUAAUCAUCAUCUGAAUGUUUCCAGAGCACCACAUCUCUACCUUUUGAGUCGUGAGGGACCGGAGUAUUUUAAAUGCGAUCAUAGACGGCAUGAAAAAAUCGACCUCUAUGCCCCCUAAUGUUCCAGCCAGCUUGUGUAACAGCAUCACAGACCCGAGCCUUACGAGCAACGCCAAGAUGGCAUAUACCGACUUCCCCGGUGACUUCUAUAACCUUGCCUUGCUUCAACCAAUCAUCAAACCAGAAAAAAGCAGUCUUGCCAUCAUGUAUCUCAUACCUGAGGAAUUGGUAAGCCACUGAACGAAGCUUCAAUAGCUUUCUCCACAUCCAUGAUCCUCUCCCAUUCUCCUUUAUAUCCCAAAAAGAGUUUUGGCGCAGCAGGUAAUGCUGUAUCCAAGACACCCAGAGAGAAUCCUCGUUUGAAAAUAUCCUCCAGAUGAGACCCAAAGCAAACACUCGUGAUGAAUCAUGUAGCUUCCUUAACCCCAGCCCUCCUUCAGCUAUAGGACAACAUAGGUCAUCCCAUGCCACCUUAGCUUUGUGAGUCAGAUUUGGAGAACCAGACCACAAGAAUGCACUACACAUACUCUCUAUCUCAGUCAAACAUGCCUUGGGAAGUAUAAAAGCUUGACUCCAGAAGUUUACGAUGCUCGAGAUGAUGGAUUUAAUCAAUUGCAACCGCCCAGCAUACGACAGACAUUUGUUGCUCCAAAAAAGCAUUCUUCCCCGCACCUUAUCAAGCAACGACUCAUAGUCCUGUCGUGUCAUAGCCUUUGUAUUUAAGGGCAUACCUAAGUAUCGCACUGGUAGAGUCCCAACCUUGAUCCCAAUGUCCGCAGCUUCAGUAAGUAGAGGGGUAACAUCUUGUCCAGACGCAAAUAUGGAUGACUUAGAAGCGUUAAUGUAGAGUCCCGAAACACUCGUAAACUGUUCCAUAACCUCCAAAACGCCUUGAAGGGAGUCUGUUGAACCAUCAGUGAAUACUAAGAUAUCAUCCGCGUAGCUAAGAUGCGUGAGCUUCACUUCUCGACAUUGCGGAUGAUACUCAAACUUCUGUGCUUCAGCUGCCUUGUUUAACAUCUUAGACAAUACGUUGUUCAAUAUAACGUACAAGUAGGGCGAGAGGGAACAGCCCUGGCGAAUCCCUCUAGCGCUUGUGAAAAAACCCUCAAGACUCCCAUUGACAUUCACCGAGAAAGCAGCCGUAGAUAUGCAGACCCUAAUCCAUAGAAUAAACUGAGCAGGUAAACCUAUUGCUUUCAGAACCGAAGUGAUGAACGACCACUUGACCGUAUCAAAAGCCUUCGAAAUAUCAAAUUUUACUGUUGCUCAACUAGUCCGCGAGGUCUUAUGAUACCCAUUCACCAGCUCUGAAGCUAGCAGAACAUUCUCGAGUAGUAGUCUUCCUUUGAUGAAUGCAGUUUGAUUAGGCUCAAUAGCUUCCGGGAAGAUUGCUUUGAGCCUACGAGCUAAGACUUUGGAGAUGACUUUGUAAAUCAGGUUGCAACAAGCGAUUGGUCUGUAGUCCUUUAUAGUCUGCGCCACCUCUGUUUUAGGGAUGAGUGAGAGAAUCGUUGCAUUGAUCCCCGUGGGUAAGAAACCAAACAAGAAGAAUGAUUGUACUGCUAUGAUGAAUUCAUCCCCAAUGAUGGGCCAUGCAGCAACAAAAAACUCCUUCGUAAACCCAUCAGGACCUGAAACUUUAUCAUUCGGCAAAGCAUGUAGGGCAGAUUUGAUUUCCUCUCCCAAGACAGGAGCUACCAGUCCUGUAGACAGUACCAGUAUCACACCUAUAAGUAAGUAGAUCCUGCAGCAUUGGGUAAGAAUCCUCGCCAUUCCCCUGAUCCUGAACCUGAAGAAACCGCUGAAAGUGUUGAACUGCUUCCUUCUUUAUAUCUGAGAGCUUGGUCAGAGUCUCUCCCGCCUCAUUUACAAGCCGCUUAAUAGUAUUACGAGACGUUCUAGUCUGCACAGCUCUAUGAAAAACAACUGUGUUCUGAUCACCUGCACCCAACCAUCUGAUACAAGACUUCUGUCGAAAGAACUUCUCCUCUAUACGAGCAAGUUUGUUCCAUCUAUCUGAAGCUACAGCUGCUGCGGCAAAGGUUGUAGGAUUCGGGUCAAGCAGCACCUGAUUCUGGCAGCAGCACAUCUCGUCGAAAGCUUGCUUUGUUCGGCCUGGUAAGUCCCCGUAAUGCGAAUUGUUUAUCAUUCUCAUAUCAUAUUUAAGCAGCUUCAACUUCGCAUGGAAUCUAGACAGAGCUAGGCGCGAAUGGAAAAUGGGCUGAGUGGAUUCCCAAACUCUUUUAACUGCCGGUAAGAACUCAUUAUGCUCAGUGAGGUAGUUCAAGAAACUUUUACGUAAUAUUUUGGUUAUAUUAGAAACUUAUGUUUCAAGCUAAUAAUUAAAUUUAUAUUUGAUGUGAUUCUGAAUUUGACUAGUACACACAUGAUAUUCUAUUAGAUUCUUUUUUAUUUUGUUGACAAAAAAAAAGAUUCUUUUUUAUUUUACAUAGCAAAUUUUCUACUUAUACCCUCAUAUUUUUUUUUCAAUGUAGGGAAUGCUAUUAUCUAGUUAAAGGUAUAAAUAAUUUUGUACGAUACAUUAUUUUACGCUUUUUAUAACAUUAUGCGACUUUUUUUUCUAUUUAUACCAUCAUACUAGGUGUUUUCAUGCACCAUAUGCAGCAAUAAAUUCUAAAUUUAAAUUAUACUUAAAAAUAAUAAUUUUUUAAUGUUUUAGAUUCUAUUAUUUUUGAAACCAAUAUUUUAAUAUAAAUACUAAUUUAGUUAAACAUAAAAUUAAGAUAAAAUAAAUAAUUUAAUUUACUUAAAAUUA